GUCAUCCCGCAGCGCUGAAGCUACUUAUAAAUAAGCCUUCCGAGCGUUGUUGUGUCAUAUUUUAGCUUCAGAAUGGAUAAAAAUCUGGAGGUAGAUAGUCUAGAAAUGCGCCUGCAGGCGCUGGAAAGUCGCAUUUACGGAGAGAGAAGAAACAAAAGCGGAAAGCCUGUCAAGUGUACCGAGUCCUUGGCCAGGAUUCAAGCUGGUCUGACAAACACAGCCAACAAGAGAGAGCGAGUAAAGAUCCUGCACAAGAAAAUUGAGGACUUGCUGAAGUACUUGGACCCUCAGUUCACCGACCACAUCACCGUACCUGAUGCUAUGAAGCUGGAGUUUAUCCUUGCAGAGGAGGAUUUUUUGCUUUCCCAGGCUGCUUUAUUGGAACAAGUCAACACCCUGCAGCCGCUGUUAGACAGCGCGUACAUCACAGGUGUGCCCGAACAUGCCACCAAGUUACAGCGUCUUUCACAGAUUCACAUCAAAGAGCAGGACCAAACCGAGACGCAGUCCCUGGAAGUCAAGAAGCUUUUUGAGGAAUACAAUAAAAUGAUGUUCCUGCUGUCCAAGCAGUUCACACAGUGGGACGAGACCCUGAGGAAGAUGGAGGAGGCCAAAGGAAUCCGACCUGUGGAGUAGUCAGCACCGACUCAGAAGACCGAACUGUGGGAGAAGCUUUCCAUGACAACAAACACGUCGCAUCAUUCCACUGUUUGAAACUGGAUCUCAGUUUACCGCUGUUUAAUUGAAUACUUCAAACUCAACGCCCUAAAGAGUGAACGCGGUCCCUUUCAUGUAUAUUGCCUGAAGAUGUUUCUCAAAUGAUAUGAUGUUGCCUGAACACGGGGAGUGAGACCAUGACUCUUUCAAAUCCCUUUCAAACGCCUGUUAUUUAUUGUCGGAAAAUUAAGUUUUCAUGCUUUCAUGUUAAGCUGGUCACAAGAUGUGUUCUCCCUCCUUUCCCACAUUCACACGAGUUAUGUGACACUUUCUCUUUCUAAAUGCCUUCAGAAACUGAUUGGCUUUUCUGUUCUUUCCAGAGUUGUGGUUUGAAAUGUAAAGCUGUGGCUACAACAAUAAAAAUGACUUUUAUUUGA